AUGACUCGAACACUGGCCGCCGCCUUUAGAGUGCGCCAUGACGACUCGAAGGACUCGGACGUUGCUCUUCAGAACCUCAAGGAUGGUAAUAUAGCCAUGCCACCGGCGGUACCCGCACCACCAUAUCGGCAUGCGGCACCAUCGGGACCAUGGCCAUGGAUGGACUUCGAAGUAGAUUCUGCAGCCUCUACGACUGCCAUUGAUCCAUCCUGGCGGGGGUACCCUCAAAACCAGUUCGGGAAUUGGACACCAGAUCAAGUAGGCCGUAGCAAGAUGAUCGAGAAGUGUCUGGCGAAUAAGACUAGCACCAUUUACUGGAUGGAUGUGCGCAACAACGGGAGUUUUGCAAGCUCGAAUAUCGGGGGAAAGGGUAAUAUUACAGUAGUGGGACCUGAACAUGAACCUGAGGAUGGGUUUUGGGAUAUAUUACAGGGGGAACGUCCAGACGAUAUCCGAGUGCGAUCGAUAUUUGUAGACGACUUAACCCCGUCAGUCUUGCGCAUGCUGGGCACAAGAUACAACAUCGAACCAUUUUUUUUCACGUCCUCCAUAAAUUGGAUACCCUCACGAUACCAGGAAGCGCCUGUACAUAACAAAGGAGAUCGCAAGUUCAAAUCUUCCAUUUUGCGUUCCAUGCUGAUGUUGUGCGAUAGACAUCACUAUUACCCUGCCAUUUGUACGAACGCUGCGCAAAAAUUCUCAAUCAGCAUCGACCUCUCUAUCUCUAUCACAACCAUUGCACUCCAGGAAUGCUCAGAUCAACACCCAGGCUCCUUUCCCUAUGAGUGGUAUGUGCAUCAAGGUCCUCAUAUUCACAUUCCAACGUCCUUUCUAGAUGGCAACAUGCUCUUUAUCGACCUCCUCGCGAUUCACAUGGUCCGCGGCGUAAAGACAAGUACCGUCAUAUCCUACCAUCCCGAGUCUACGUGGUGCCGGACAUCCGCGAGGCGGCUCCACUCGCUCAUGCAGCUCGUGGGGGGUAGUGUGUACUGGCAAAAAUUAUUCGACAAGUCAAAGGACCCGACUUUCCUGUUCCUCGCGAUUUUGUGGUAUGCAUUAUAUGCAUGGGAUGAGUCCUUUGAGCUGCUGUACAAACAUCUUAGUGAACUGGAAUCAAGAGUACUGCAAACGAAUAACCUGGAGCUCACGCGCGAGCUUCAUAUCCUCCAAGCACAUCUCUUGCAGUAUCAAUCACUGCUUCAUAACUUUGAGGUAUCAGUACAAUUUAUCACGAAGACCCACAAUCCGGCCAUGGACUCUAGUAACUUCUCCCCUGAAGAGCGCAAAGAGUCUAGGAAACUUAUGGAGAUGGAGUCCGAGAAUCUACUCAGCGAAAUUGAUCGUCUAGAAAGGCGACGUGCGAUGCUGGGAAACCGACUCAAGAAUGUGAUGGAUCUUGCUUUCGCGACUGUUAAUAUCGAUGACAGUAGACAAACGCGAAAACUGACAGAGGCGACGGUCAGGGACUCGGCAGCUAUGAAACAGAUCUCGUACCUCACGAUGGUCUUCCUGCCGGCAAGCUUCUUAGCUUCUGUGUUCGGAAUGAACGUCGUAGAGUUCAAUUCAGGAUCUCUACAGACGCUUGGUCGCUACGUCGAGGUCACCGUUUCGCUCACGCUCUUCACAAUUUACACCGUCGUCACGCUUCAGACGUAUAGCUCAUUCCACGACCACAAUGCUCCAUUCCUGAGACGUGCAGUGUGGCCAAUUCUUACUUUAUGGAAGAUCGUGCAUAAGAGAAGGGGAAAGAUGGGAAAAGACAUGGUGUGA